CAGAAAUCAAGCAGAGUUGCGCAUCGUCAGCACAGUUUCGCGACCCUUGAGCCAUUGGCUUCGAGAAGAACGCAUGGAAGAGAAGACCUUGGCAGAGAUCUUUGACUUCUUGGGCUUCGGGCGCUUCCAGAAAUGUUUGCUGCUGAUCGCUGGACUGGGCUUCAUGGCAGAUGCCAUCGAAGUCGGAGUCAUUACGUUCUUACUGCAGAAGGUGACAGAGGAAUGGCCAGAAGUGAAAGGCUGGGAGCUCAAUGCUUUAUCCACCAGCGUUUUUAGCACAAAGUUGCUUGGUAGUUGGAUUUGGGGCAGCUUAUCCGACCACUUGGGUCGGAGGCGCACCUUUUUGAUCGCCAAUGUCUUCCUUUUGACGACCGGGUGCUUGUCCGCUGCAGCUCCCUCGUAUUUUUGGCUUGUGCUGGCACGUGCAUUGGUUGGCCUAGCGAUCGGAGGAAUCAUUGUUCCUUUUGAUAACCUGGCAGAGAGCGUGCCAGAGAGAUUCUCUGGAAGUCUUUGCUUCGCUAUCGAGUAUUUUUGGACGUUAGGAACGCUCUACUCCAAUGGCUUAGCCGCUUUGGUCAUCGAGUCCUGCGGAUGGAGGAUAUACCUGCUCUUGAGUGCACUUCCCAUUUUCCUUGCUUGUAUCGGCUACUUCUUCUUGGAGGAGAGUCCCAUGUGGCUUCUUGAUCGAGGCUAUGAUUAUGAAGCCUGGCAAGUGCUGCAAAGGAUUGGUCACAUCAAUCGCAAGGACUUGAGUGGUAUGGCUUUGGUGUCCUACGCCAGAGAGGCGGAUCCUUCAUGCAAAGAACUGCUCGUUCCCUCGCUGCGGCGGAGUUUGGUCUCUUUGGGCAUUAUUUGGUGGUUGGGACUCUUCGGCUAUUACGGUGCGUCCUUGGGAAGUGGCCUGAUAUUCGAAACAUCAGGCUCCUUCGACUAUGGCGAGAUCAUUUUCGCGAGCCUCGGGGAGAUUUUGGGCGUCACCAUGGGCAUGUGCAUGUCCUGGCAGAUUCCGGUGACUGUGCUACAGCCCUGGUACUACCUGGUCAGCACUCUAGCCUGUAUUGCUGUCCUUGUAGCACAUGCUCUCAAAGGCUCCGCCCUGCUUCUUGGGGUCUUUGCCUUCAUUUUGCGAGCGGCCAGCAUGGGUGCCAUCUCAAUCACCUGGGUGCUCACACCGACGGCUUUCCCAACACACGUGCGCUCCACGGCCCAUAGCAUUUUGUAUGCUGCAGGAUCCUUAGGACCUGUUUGCGCGACACUCUGGCCAAAGAAUACACAGCUGGCUGUGAUCAUGGGAAGCUACGGUGCGGCAAACCUGGUUUGUGCCAUUGUCAGCCAGUGGCAGCGCAAAGGGCUGGCAGAGCGCGGAGCCUUCGAUUCCCUCAUCUCAGACCUCCAUGCCUCCAACUUGGAACGCCGCGCGCGCUCCUCCAUCACCCGCGACAGCCGUGCGUCACGGCCCACCUGGGCCAGCCGCCCCAGUUGGAUGAGCCGCCCCAGUUGGUCAGAGCGCAGCGGAUCGCAGCUGCUCCGCGAGUGAAAAUGGGAGCGAAGCGGAGAGCUGCCAGUCGGGUUGCUAAAAUCCGUUAUAUGUGUUUGGGCAUGUUUGGAGGGUGUGACACACUCACCCAAUGUUGGGGGGGAUGUGGGGGGGCCAAAUAUUGGUUUGUCCCGGCUGGAUGAGCACCAGGAGGAUUGUGCAAUGUCAACUCCUUUGUUGGGUUCACCAAGCUCGACGGUCCGAGCCUGAACGUCCAGCUGCGCCACAGGACACCAGUGAAUGUGAGAGGUGGCUGAAAACUGGCUUGCUGUGAAUUAUUUGUUUCAACAGUUGCCCAACCUGUGAAGAAAAUAAAGAGCCGUUCACGCUAACCGCUAACGCUUCCAAGUGAUGCUAGCCUAA